AUGUCUCUUCCUACCAAGACUCAACAAUGGAUCCUCAACGAGAAGCCAUACUCCGAAGCUGUUCUCGAAGGAGACAACCCGACAUUUAAACUGGUUACGACCGAUAUCCCAGCUCUGAAGGACGGCGAGGUCUUACUGAAGACAGUAUACCUGAGCAAUGACCCCGCACAGCGUGGAUGGAUUUCACCAUACGCGAUCCCCGGGCGUCUUUACAUGCCGCCAGUUGAAGUGGGCGACGUCAUGAAGUCCAUUGGCAUCUUUCGCGUCGUAGACAGCCGCAGUGCUGCCGUUGAAGUAGGAUCCUUGGUCAAUGCCGUCUCUGGGUGGGCAGAAUACACAGUUAUAGAUGCGAAAGAUGUCAUGAAUAUUACUCCUCAGGCUGGCUUGCCUGAGACUCAUUUUCUGGGGGCCCUAGGUCUGCCCGGACAUACAGCAUACUACGGUCUGACGCAAAUUGCCAAGGCUACAAGUGAAGACACCGUUGUUGUUAGCGGUGCUGCUGGGGCUGUGGGUAACAUCGCAAUUCAGAUUGCCAAGAAGAUGAUUGGAUGUAAAAAGGUCAUCGGAAUCGCUGGUACGGAUGAGAAGUGUCGGUGGGUAGAGAAGCUUGGCGCAGAUGUCUGUCUGAACUACAAGUCUGCAUCCUACAAGCAAGACCUUGAGAAGGAGACGAGUGAUCUGGUGAAUGUUUUCUUUGAUAACGUUGCCGGAGAGAUUCUCGAUUUCAUGUUGACGAGAAUGGCCAGGCAUGGCCGUGUCGCAGCUUGUGGUGCUAUUGCCAACUACAACCGAGACAACGACAUCAUCGGUAUCAAGAACUUCUAUGAAGUAGUCUAUAUGCGCCUGCAGAUCCUCGGAUUCAUCAACAUUGACUGGUUUGAUCAUUUACCCGAGGUCCGCGCUAUUCUUGUCGACGAGUGGAAGAACGGCAAGCUGAUCAUUGGAGAUGAGAAUGAAACGGUUGUCGACACCAGCUUCAAAGACAUCCCUCGCACGUGGAUGUUGCUAUUCUCCGGUGGUAACACUGGUAAGCUUAUCACUAAGUUGCAGGAGUAG